AUGUUUCCAACAAGCUUUUAUAUUUCAAAGGAUACCGCAAUUUCAAUAGCGUGUUAUUCGUUGACUUUUCUUCAUUUCAUUAGUCAAGUGAUAGGCGAUGUGGUGAUGGGAGUUGAAUAUUAUCGAGGAUAUCAAUAUAUUAAGGAUCCCGAUAGUGGAAAUGGUUCAGGGGGAAGUGUCAAAAGGGGAUCACUUCAUGUCUCAAUCGGUCUUCUCAUUGGAUCUUAUGCUAUGGUCAUAGCUGGGAUUCUUCUUUACAUUACAACAAUGGUUUUGACGAUAAUUGGAUUUAGGAGGAGAAUUCGAUUACUUUCGUAUGCUUACUUGAUCUACUUGUCAACCCAAUUCCUCGCAUGGUUCGAUAUGGGUUCAAGCGGUCUUUCAAUGCAAAUAAACAGCUUUUUCUGGAUGGGAUUCGGCAUGUAUUUCUCGUAUCUUUUCCUCGUUCUCCACUACUCUGGUCAAUUCAUUAUUGUCGUUCAGCUAUGUUUAGCAUAUCAAAAUGCAUAUGAAAGAGAACGAUCCAUAAAUUGUGUUCAAUGUGAAAAUGGAAAUGUUCAACUCACAACGAUUCCACUCACCAUUUUGAUCUACUUAUAUGUAAGUUCAACUGCCGGUCUCAUAAUGUACUUGUUGUCUGUGGCUUUCACAUUCAUCGGUUUUCAGCGACGACUUCUCUCACUUUGUUAUGUUUAUCCGAUGUAUUUGGUGAGUUUUCGG